AUGUAUGUGGAGGAUAUUGGUCUAGAUAUUUUAUUGGUACUUGGAUUGAUACUGCAUAUUGCUGUGUUGUGUAAUGCAGGUGUCACAAGUGGUUUUGUCAGGAAAGCUGCAUGGUCGGUUGAUAUUCCAAAAUCACAUUUUCCUCCGCCUUCUGGCACCAAUGCACCCGAGCAAGUUCACAUUACUCAAGGUGAUCAUGAAGGCAGAGGUAUGAUCAUUUCAUGGGUGACUCCGGUUGAUCGAUACCCUAAUGUGGUGACAUAUUGGGAAGCAGACACUGAACAUGAGCACAACAAACACAAACACUACCAUAAGCACAAGACUCAUUCAACAAUCACCACUUAUAGAUACUACGAUUAUUCUUCUGGUUACAUUCACCAUGCUACUAUCAAACAUUUGAAGUUUGAUACAAAAUACUUCUACGAAGUUGCAUCCCAUAAUGUUACCCGUCGGUUCUCCUUCACAACGCCUCCCAAGCCAGGACCCGAUGUUCCUUACACCUUUGGUGUCAUAGGUGACUUGGGACAAACUGCCGAUUCCAAUCAAACUCUAGAGCAUUAUGUGUCGAACCCAAUAAAAGGCCAAGCUGUGCUAUUUGCUGGUGAUCUUUCAUAUGCUGAUGAUCACCCUAACCAUGACAAUACCAAGUGGGAUACAUUUGGUCGUUUCAUUGAGAAGAGCGUGGCAUACCAACCCUGGAUCUGGAGUGCAGGCAAUCAUGAAAUCGACUUUGCUCCUAAUUUGGGAGAAAGUGUUCCUUUCAAGCCAUAUUUGCACCGUUAUCAUGUACCCUACAAGGCAUCCCAGAGUACUUCCCCACUUUGGUAUUCAAUUAAGCGUGCAUCCACAUAUAUCAUUGUUCUUUCUUCUUACUCAGCCUAUGGGAAAUAUACCCCGCAAUACAAAUGGCUUGAACAAGAGCUCCCAAAGAUUAACAGGUCUGAAACUCCAUGGAUCAUUGUUAUUCUACAUGCUCCAUGGUACAAUAGCAACCACUACCAUUACAUGGAAGGAGAAAGUAUGAGAGUCCAGUUUGAGCCGUGGUUUGUUCAACACAAAGUUGAUAUUGUGUUUGCUGGCCAUGUUCAUUCCUAUGAGCGUUCAGAACGCAUAUCAAAUGUUAAGUACAACAUUACAAAUGGACUGAGUGGACCGGUUAGAGAUAGUUCCGCUCCAGUAUACAUAACAAUCGGUGAUGGUGGAAACAUUGAAGGCAUAGCUGACAAUUUUAUAGAUCAACAACCGAGUUAUUCUGCAUAUCGUGAAGCAAGCUUUGGGCAUGCAAUUCUUGAGAUUAAAAACCGAACUCAUGCUUAUUAUACUUGGCAUCGUAAUCAAGACAACGAACCCGUUAUAGCAGACUCUGCGUGGUUUUUUAAUAGGUUCUGGUAUCCCGAGGAUGAAAGUAGCAUCAAUAACAAGGAAGCUUAG